CCCUUUGCCCAUGCCUGAUGGGGAUAAGGGCGGGCAAGCCUGAAAGAGACGCCCUUAGGGCAGAGGGGGCCCUGCUGGCCUAGAUGUGACUGGGGGGCAGACUCCUGCCUCUCAUGAGAUUGGGGGACCCCUGUGAGGAGUGACCUCAUGGGAGGGCCUGGAUGACCCCCCCCCGUGAACACCCUCUUCUGCCCCUCCCCGGGAGGGUCCAGGGCUGGGGAGCCUGCCCGGCCCGUGCGCCAUGCCGCUCUCCCCGCAGACCAGCAGCAGGAGUAUUUCCACAACCUGAAGGCGCUGAUUGAGGAGAUGCACGACACCUACCAGAGAGGGGUCUUCCUGCUGGGGCACAGCCUGGGCAACCUCCACACCCUCUACUUCCUGCUGCAGCAGCCCCAGGCCUGGAAGGACCGCUACAUCGCGGGCUUCAUCUCCCUGGGGGCCCCCUGGGGCGGCGCCGCCAAGUGCAUGCGCGUCCUGGCCUCGGGCGAUAACCAGGGCAUCCCUCUGGUCUCCCACAUCAAGCUGCGGGAGGAACAGCGCAUGGCCACCACCAGCCCCUGGAUGUUCCCCACCAGCCUGGCCUGGCCCGAAACGCACGUCUUCAUCUCCACGCCGUCCUACAACUACACCUACCGGGACUACCAGCGCUUCUUCCUCGACGUCAGCUUUGAGGACGGCUGGUACAUGUGGAGCGACACUAAGGACCUGCUCAAGGGGCUGCCUCCGCCUGGCGUGGAGACCCACUGCCUCUACGGCACGGGCCUCCCGACUGCGGAGACCUACAUCUAUGAUGAGCACUUCCCCUUCGAGGACCCCGUGGACAUAAUCUACGGGGAUGGGGACGACACGGUAAGCACACGCAGCAUGAAGCUGUGCGCCCGCUGGCAGAACCAGCAGAAGCAGCCAGUGCAUGUCCUGGAGCUGCCCGGCGUGGACCAUCUCAACAUGGUUUUCAGCAACCAAACGCUGAGCUAUAUCAACGAGAUUCUGCUGGGCAGGGUCCAGGACAGAGGGUAGGAGCAGGGAGGGAAUGGGCAAAAGUCCCUCUUCCCGCCCAGCCCGGAGCCAACACUGGCCAGGAAGAGCCUCUCUGCUCGGAGGGCUGCUAAGAAGCCCAACAUGAACUGAAGGCAGAGGGAGUUGGCCAGUUCCAACUAAUGUUCCCCCUAAUUGUUGCUAUCCAUGUCUGGAUUUUUGCCAUCCAUGCACAGAAUAAAUUUUUCUAUGUGCACUCAG